AUGUGGAUUUUACCAAUAGUUUACUCGUGUUUUUCGAAUACUUCACGCUCUGCCGAUCUAACGAAUAUUUUUGCUGUCGUGGCAGCCGGCAUCCCGAACAUCCGGUGGUUCGGCGUGGAGGGGGACUACAAUGUCAUGGUCAUCGACCUGCUCGGGCCCAGCCUCGAGGACCUUUUCAACUUCUGCGCCAGGAAGUUCUCGCUCAAGACCGUGCUCAUGCUCGCGGAUCAGCUGAUCAAUCGGGUGGAGUACGUGCACUCGAAGAGCUUCCUGCAUCGCGACAUCAAGCCGGACAAUUUCCUCAUGGGGCUGGGCAGGCGCGCCAACCAGGUGUACAUCAUCGACUUCGGGCUCGCCAAGAAGUACCGCGACCCUACUACUCAUCAGCACAUCCCCUACAGAGAGAACAAGAACCUGACGGGCACAGCUCGCUACGCCAGCAUCAACACACAUCUCGGCAUCGAGCAAAGCCGGAGGGACGACCUGGAGUCGUUGGGCUACGUUUUAAUGUACUUCCUUCGAGGAAGCUUGCCAUGGCAGGGUCUGAAGGCGGGUACGAAGAAGCAGAAGUACGAGAAGAUCAGCGAGAAGAAAAUGUCCACUCCCAUUGAGGUGCUCUGCAAGGGCUAUCCCACGGAGCUCGCGUCCUACUUCCACUACUGCCGCUCGCUGCGUUUUGAUGACAAGCCCGACUAUGCAUACCUCAAGCGCCUCUUCCGCGACCUCUUCAUUCGCGAAGGGUUCCAGUUUGACUAUGUGUUUGACUGGACCAUUCUCAAGUACCAGCAGUCCCAAGCCUCUGUUGCCCCACCGCGCAUGAUGGGCGCAAAUGCGGCAGCUGCAGCACCAUCACCCGCUGCCAAUGCACCAGACGCGGACUUGGCUCGCCGCAGGUCUCCCAUGGAGAGCCCCCGGCACCGGAGUCCCAUGCCGCAUGCAGACGAGGAGCGGGUUGAGAGGCUGCGUCCAUACUGGUGCGGCGGAGCGCCAUGCGUUCAGGCGGCUGGGCAGGCAGCGGGUCAGGGCGGGUCGGGGGGCGGGUCAGGGGGCAUGCAGAGUGUCUCACAUGAAGAGCCGUACAGGGCGGAGGCGGAGCGCCAUGCAUAUGGGCGGACGGGCAGUGGGUCAGGGGCGCGCAGAGCCGCUGCUGCUGCCGAUGCUGUCUUUCAACACACACACUCCCCCCUGCGGUUCUUCCCCUCUCCCCUUCCCCUCUCCCCCCAGGCGGAGGCAGAGCGCCAUGCAUACGCGCGGACGGGCAGCGGGUCAGGGGCGCGCAGAGCGCCUGCUGCUGGCGGGAUGGCGCCCGCACAGGCAGCAGCGGGGGCAGGGGGCGUGCGGGGGAGCACACCGGACGCACUGGAUAGCAAGCGGGGGCUGGGACUGACUAACGCACUGUCAGGGAUUCGCUCGGGGUCGCGCGUUCGCACUGGUGAGCUGGGGUUGGUUCUUGGUGGCGGUGCUUGCUGGUGGUGCUUGCUGGUAGAGCCAGGGAAGUGGGCAUGUGUGGCAGUGGUAGGAGGGACCGCACCUGCCUGUUAA